UGCGGGCAGGGCGCAGUGUGCGGGUGUCGCUUUUCUCAGCUCGUGGGUGUCGUGCAGGACAGGUGCGGCUAGUCUCUGACCUAGGUGCUCCUAGCGUGCAUUGCGUUUUGUUAACCUACAUCGUAUAGCAUUUGUGGCACAUCAUACUUUGGAGAAAGCUUUGUUAGUGUCCCUAAAGGUCUCAGAGAACUACACCGCAAGACAGCCAUGGGUAAGGCGAAACAAAAACAGCAAGCUCGGCAGAAGUUCGCAGUCAUGAAGAAAAUGAUAACUCAGUAUGAUUCAAGAAUUAAAGAAAAAGAUCGGACGAAGAGGAAGAUGAAGCUGGACCUGUCAAAACCGAAAAUUAAUAAGGCCCCACAGACGUCGACAGCGCUCUUCUUCGAGUACAACACUCAGCUUGGUCCUCCAUACCAUGUGCUUCUAGACACUAACUUCAUCAACUUUUCAAUCAAGAACAAGAUUGACAUUGUGCAGGGCAUGAUGGACUGCAUGUAUGCCAAGUGUGUCCCAUAUCUGACAGAUUGUGUUCUGGCUGAGUUGGAAAAGCUUGGGCAGAAGUACCGCCUGGCAAUGAAAAUUGUGAAAGAUCCACGCAUAGAGCGGCUCCCGUGCAUCCACAAGGGUACCUAUGCUGAUGACUGUUUGGUGAAUCGUGUGACACAGCAUAAGUGCUAUGUAGUGGCAACUUGUGACAAGGACUUGAAAAGGAGGUUGAGGAAGAUUCCAGGAGUGCCAAUCAUGUUCAUUUCCCAGCACAGGUAUACAGUUGAGCAAAUGCCUGAUGCGUAUGGUGCUCCCAAGUAGUGUCUUGGGGAUGAUGAGCACAGUUAAGCUGGACAAGUACUACCAGUGUUGGUUUCAUAUGUGUUUAUGCAUUAUGCAUCACGGCAGUAUAUGAAAUCUGGUGGUGUGAAUUCAUUGCCAGACUACUGACUGUCAACCAAAGUGCACAGAUGUCCUUUGGCAGUAAAUAUACCAUGGA